AUGUUUCAAGUACCGAACUCAGUUGAUCUGAGGGCUUACUUACCAGAAGCCUCGAGACAAGCCAUUGCCGACAGCCCCCUCCCAACUUCCUAUUCUCCCGCACUCAGCUGCCCUUCAGCCCAUGACCUGCUCUGUGGCUGUACUGCUUCCCCCUACGUCCCAGAUAGACUUCCCUGGCCUACUAAUUUUGCCGAGGAUAAUUUCCGCCCGACAACGGAAACGAGAGACUGCCUACAGUCUCAGACGUGGGACAAAUACGGAACCAGUCACUGGAACGCAGCUGAACUGUUUGUGCCCUACACUGUUCGCGAUCCGGAUACGUCAGAAGUGCAUCUAACUUCCUCUUCCUCCCCCGACGUCCAUUCUAAUGUCCUAUUUGAUAGCACAGUCACCUCGCCGCCGGAGGAAAAUGCUUCCGGAACCUCUACGUUGCCCCCGAGAUCCUCUAGCCUUCUGCCCGUGCUGGGCUCCAGUCAAGCCAAACCUCCCUAUUCCUACAUCAGCCUUAUAACCAUGGCGAUCCAGUGUUCGCGUAGCCGGAUGUGCACCCUCUCCGAGAUUUACGGUUUCAUUACCAAUUUGUUUCCCUAUUACCGACAGAACAAGCCACGCUGGCAGAACUCUAUUCGUCAUUCCCUCUCCUUCAACGACUGCUUUGUCAAGGUGUCACGGGGACCCGACAAACCGGGCAAGGGCUCCUUCUGGACCCUGCAU